UAAAGUCUAAAACCUUUAUUUUUUCUAGCUACAUUGCAUCUUUCCUUUUCCGUGCAUAUAGCAAAUUAAAGUCUCCAUCUUUUGAUCUUCAAAUCCCUAGCUUUCUUGCUUCUUCUACUCUCCCUCCAUGGCAUUGCCAUCAUCAUCAUCACUGAUGGAGAAUCUCAUCAUCGAAGAGAGAGAAGAAGUGAUGGUUUCUUCUGAGAACGGCGGCAAAGGCCGUUGCUUGAGAAAAGCCCAUUUCCUUAAACCCUUGUCUACCUCCAUUGAUGGCUCUGUUACUGUAUCCAAGCUUCCCCGUCGCGCUGAUACUUCUCUGCAGCUAGAGACUUCAAGGGAUUUCUUCUCUGGGUUUUGGUUUGCAGAGCACCAUUUCGUAUCUUGGCUUGGAAAAAUGGAAGCUUUGUAUAAACCCAUUUGGAAAAAAGCUGGGAUUUUUGAAGCAAUCAAGGCAUCUACUUACAAUAUCACGAAAAGCCCGUCUCUGAUCUUCUCCGUUUCCGAGAAAUGGUGUUCCGAAACCAAAUCUUUCAUCUUCCCAUGGGGUGAAGCGACGAUUACGUUAGAGGAUGUAACGGUGCUUCUAGGGUUUUCUGUUCUGGGUUCUCCGGCUUUUGCUCCUUUAGAGACCUCAGAGAUGAGAGCUUCCGCAGCGAAACUUGAGAAAUUAAGACUGAAGAAAGCUUUCAGAGGUGAGAGAGUGAGCUUAAGAUCAUGGAAAUCGAUCUUCUUGGGUAGAGGUGACCAGAUGGAGCAUGAAGCUUUUCUUGUUCUGUGGCUUUCGUUUUUCGUUUUUCCAGCUAGAGCUCGUCGUUGUAUUACUAAACAUGUUAUCCCAAUCGCUGUUCGUUUAGCUAGAGGUGAAAGGAUUGCUCUUGCCCCUGCUGUUCUCGCUGCCCUGUACAAAGAUUUGGGUCAACUCAGUGUUUUCGCUAGAGGCAAAUGUGCUGCCAAAGUGAAUCUCAGGUCUCUCUUUAAGUUAGUCCAAGUUUGGGCAUGGGAGAGAUUCAGGAACAUUAGACCAAAGCCUAGAGAUAUACCCAAAGGUGAACCUAGGAUAGCUCAGUGGGACAGUCUCGCACAAGGAUCUAAGGAUGUGAGAUUGAAGUUUGAUGAUUUCGACUGGCGACCUUACACUCAACCGUUGAAGAACUGGAACCCUCUUCGUUUUUACCUUGAAGAAGCUAUGUGGGUGACUGUUGUUGACAGUCUUGAAGAUGAGUUUAUUUCAUUUGCUCGAUCUGUGAGGAGUUCCAGGCUUGUUGGGAUUGGUUUUGUUGAGGAUUACUAUCCUAAUCGUGUUGCAAUGCAAUUUGGCCUGUCUCAAGAUCUCCCUGCAGCUUUGCUUACUCUUCACAGUAACUUCACAGAAAAGGAGUCUUGGGAUGAUUACAGUAAGUCUCUUGAUGGUUUUAAGCUCUACAUGCCUUCACGCCACGAUCGAGGUUCUGUCACUGCGAGAUACCAAGACUGGUGGUUGAAAUCAGUUUCAGACUCUAUGCAGAAAGAAUCAACUGAAGCUUUUAAUGCAAGGAAUACAUUUGAUGAUGAUGAUGAUGAUAUAGAUACAGAUGUAUCUCCCAAUAUAUUGCCUUUGAGUCAAGUGAUUCAGAAGUUAGACGAAGGCUUUCCUAAAAAAUGCAGAUCGAGGAGGCGUAGGUUGGCAAGGAGAUAUAAGAUAAGUGAGAAUGAUGAUGAGAGUUCUAUGGAUGUAGAAGAUGGUUACAUGCCCGCUGCUCAAUUGAUCAGAUCCAGGAAGAAGUGUAGUGAUGUAGAGAACACUGGAGGUGAUGCUUCUGAUACACUUGGAAAAAGAACUAGAAGAUAUAUGGUGGUGGAUAGCGAUGAUGAUUCAGGGCCUUGUCAAAACCAUGCUUCCAUGGAAGUAAAGCAAAGGAGUGUGGAGGAUGAUGAAACUGCCCAAAAAACAGAGAAUGCAAGGCAAACAUGUGAUAAUGUAGAGAAGAAGGCAAUGAUCGAUGAUGCAGUCAAGGAACCAGAGUCUUGGCUACAUGAAGAUAGAGAAAUGAAGAAAAUCUGCAUUGGAAAAUUUACCAGUGAAGUUAAAAUGGAAGAUGUUGAUGAAAGAUUGAGGCAGAGAAAGCUUGCAAUAGAGGGGAUAGCAUUGGAGCUGGAGACUCGUAUUAUGAAGGUGCAGAAGAGUCUGGCAAAGAUUAGAAAUUGGAAAGCCAGAGGAAACCAGACUAUAAAUGGAGCCUCUGCUUAGCUAAGGAAACAAAACAAUAAGUAUCACUCUCUGGAGAGAAUUAUUCAACUUU